AUGGCUACACAUCAGGCAAUGUAUCGGUUCUUUUUAGUCAGCGCCACGCUACCGCUCGGAAAUUCGUUGAGCAGAGAAUUAGAGAGUCCUUCUGAUUUUGAAUUCCAAAGAGAAUGCACUGGAUAUGACGAGGAAUGGGCUCGAUGCCCCGAUCUCGGUGACUGUGCUGGAUCAUGCGUGCCUCGAGAUUGCCAGUUUUCUCCAUGGCAGGACUGGUAUAGCAGCGGGGGUUGUACUGGGCUGCGCUAUCGAAGAAGAUAUGUAAAUCUUCCCAACAAUGAAUGUGGAUAUCCUUGUAUUGGGCCGACGGUGGAAUCUGAGCGACAACGUAGUGGGACAGUGGAUUGCGAAGAGCUGUUUGAUUGUAGCCUUUCUGCUUGGUCCUCUUGGACUAGUUGCAAUUCCAGUCUUGACCAGUCCAUCAGGCAUCGGAUAAUUGAGGAACCAGCAAGCCCAGAUGGGAAUCCUUGCAGUGGACCUUUGAAUGAGACCAAGGCUUGCUUUGAGGACAAUGCUCCCGAAAGCUGCCUGUGGACUUUAUGGAGCCAAUGGGGAAGGUGUAGCUUCUCAUGCGGAGAUGGUCGACGCACGAGGAUGCGUCGAAUUCAGGCAGAAUCAGAUCCAGGUGGCCUACCAUGCUGGGGAGCUUCCCUGGAAAAUGGAGCUUGCAACAAUGGUGAUUGCGCACCAACAGAUUGCAGGCUAAAUCCAUGGUCUCCAUGGUCUGAGUGUGAGGCUCUGAACACGCAGCGCUACCGACGCCGGAGUGUCGAAAUUGCACCCAGCAACGGAGGACGUGCCUGCGACCUGUACUUGAUCAUGACAGUGGCUUGCUCUGCGCCCAGCACUGAAGGAGAAGAGUGCGAGAUUGGCCUGUGGUCGCAAUGGAGCGAUUGCUCGAAGACUUGCGGCGGUGGCCAAAUGUAUCGAAAGCGGGAGCUUUUGAAGCCAAACACGAAGGGCGGCUACUGCCAUCACGCUGUUUUGCAGCAAGCAGAACCGUGCGGGAUGGACCCUUGCAGAGCCGUUGGACCAGCCGAUUGUAAGUUCGAGCAUUGGGGCACAUGGUCAAAUUGUGAUGUUGCUUGCGGAAGAGGGAGCAGGGAACGCUACAGAAAGAUCGCUGUGUUUGCGAUGGACAGUGGCCGCGGUUGCGAAGGAGCUACACAAGAGCUUUCAUCCUGCCAGUUACAGGAUUGCGAGGUGGUCGACUGCCAAUGGAGUGAGUGGUAUGAGUGGUCUGUGUGCUCGGCUUCGUGUGACGGAGGAACCAAGCGUCGAAACCGGAAUGUCGCCGUCGCACCCCAAAAUGGUGGCAGUCUUUGCGUCCCCUACGACAAAAGCGAGAUGGCGCCCUGCAAUACCAUGUCCUGCGACGAAGCUUGCUUGAAUGGCGAAUGGGCCAGCUGGAGCCCUUGGACCACAUGUUCCGCGACUUGUGACGUAGCCUACAAAUCGCGAAGGAGAGAUGUGGCUGUUCAGCCAAGCCGCUGCGGCAAACCUGCAGUUGGCCUCCGAGAGGAUUACAAGGUCUGUGCGAAUCUGCAGCCUUGCAACCUCAAUCAAGAUUGCCAGCUGGGGGCAUGGAAUGUGUGGUCAGAGUGCAGCUGCAGCUGUUUCGGCAUUCGUGAGAGAAACAGAGUUAUUGAACGGUUUGCGUCUGGUGACGGAUUGUCAUGCAAUGGCACGGUGAAGGAGAUCGUGCCUUGCAACCCAGGUCUUGGGGAGGAUCGAGAUCCACACUGUGGCAACUCAAAGCGAGUGCAAAAUUGCGUGAUAGCAGAGUGGGAUGAUUGGACAGUCUGCAGUGCAACAUGUGGAGGAGGACAAAAAGAACGGUCCAGACGAAUUCUACAAGAAUCCGCCAAUGGGGGAGAGCCUUGUAGCGACUUUCUGGCUGAAAUAGAGUCCUGUGGUGAGGAACAUUGCCCUGAAUCUGGCUGUCAUGACUGUCUCUGGAGUGAAUGGACGCACUGGGGCAGCUGCUCCAAGUGUGGAGGGCAAAGGUUUCGGUACCGCAACAUUCUGCAAAUGCCAAACUACUGCGGCAAGCGAUGUGAACCAACGGACGCAAAAGAAGCCGGACCUUGCGAAAGCAAAUGCGAUGAAGAGGUCUACUGCAGUUGGACGGAAUGGUCUAAGUCAGAAUCUUGCAACAAAUGUGGGGUUGCGAGCUCCACCAGAAACAGAGCACUGGGUCUCAUGCCUUACGCAUCCGGAUCUCUUUUCCUUGCAGUAGACCAAUCAGCAUGUGCUGGAACGCAGCUGAAUGUCACAGAGUGUCCUGACAUUGAAGAGUGUGAGCCGUGCAUUCCCGAGGAUUGCACCUUCUCAGAUUGGAGCGAUUGGCAAGAUCCGACCUGCUUGGGGCUUUGCGAGCGCCAUCGUAUCAUCAACAAACACAACAAUGAUUGCGGCACCGGCUGUGAAGGUCCAAUACUGGACACGAAGGUUUGUCCAGCUACUUGCCAAAAAACGCAGGACUGCGAAGUCAGUGAUUGGUCAGACUGGGAGGGGUGCGAUCGCACUUUGGGCGGCACAUUGAGGUUGCAAAUGGACAGAAAGCGCGACGUGGUCAAGAUGCCAAUGAAUGGCGGAAUGCCCUGUACUGGAGAGUUGGUGCAAACCAUGGGCUGCCCGAAGAUACCGCAGAAUUGCAUACUGGCACCAUGGUCAAGCUGGUCGACGUGCAGCACCCGCUGCGUGACAGGCUGGCAGACACGACAACGCUCAGUGGAGCAGCCAGCAAAACACGGUGGUGACUCCUGUAUUGGACCGCUCUUUGAAAUCGACAUUUGCCUUGGAUCCAAUCCCGAGUGCAGACAGUCUGGAAAGGAGGACUGUAAAUGGUCGCCUUGGGAACAGUGGUCCCACUGUGGCUACAAUGGGCAGAUGUCUCGCAAGCGCAGAAUAGUUCAGCUGCCAUCGGUCUUCGGAGAGGCAUGCGAAGGAGCACUUCAUGAAACAGCAUGGUGCGAUAGUGAGCGUGUUGACUGCGAUGUGUCCCCAUGGUCCGAAUGGGAUGACUGUGACAAGUCUUGCGAUGGUGGACAAUCCCAUCGCCACAGAGAGGUGCAUCGCUAUCCGUCUGGUGGCGGUGACCCCUGUCCACAUGAAUUGAUGGAGACAGCGGGUUGCAAUAGCCAGUCUUGCAGCGGACAUGAUUGUGUCUUCUCAGACUGGACCGCGUGGGGGUACUGCUCCAAAACUUGCGGAGUUGGUCAGCAGACACGGAGUCGCACAAUUAUCUAUGAACGUGGAAUUGACGGGCACGGCUGUUAUGACAGUUUGGGGGAAGUCAAGGAAUGCAUGAAUGCAGAAGAGUGCACAGCCAGAGAUUGUGUCUGGGGUUCUUGGUCUGAAUGGAGCUAUUGCUCUCGCUCUUGUGCGGGUGGGAUGCGGACUCGCACUCGCCAUAUCCAGACAGUGCCAAACAAGCAUGGCAGGCAAUGUGACGCCGAGAUUAAGGAAGCAGUGGAACCCUGCAACACUCAAAAGUGUUCGGAGUCCGACUGCACUGAUGGUGCAUGGGGCCAAUGGUCUGAUUGGGCACCCUGCUCAGUGUCCUGCGCGAGAGGAAUAACCUUCCGCAAGCGACAUGUCAACCACACGGCCAGCGACUGCGGCAAUUUUCCACCAGGGAAGAGCCUAGAGACGCGCGUUUGCGAAGUCAAUGUGCCAUGUGUCCCAGAUAGAGACUGUGAAUUUGAAGCGUGGGACCUUUGGGGGGCCUUGCUCCGCACACUGCGAUGGAACUCAGGAAAGAUUACGGGCUGUCAAACGCUAUGGACUUGGUGA